AAUUCUUCCACAGAAUGACCCUGUUACUGCUUCUCAUAGUGAGCAGGCAUAUUUCUUUUUCCUUUCUUCCAGGUAACAGAGCCUCUAUUGAUUACCUUUAUUCUGAGGGCUGUGAUUUUCAGAUGGGAUAGCCAAGAGCACAGAUGAAAAUGGCACGGUCCCUAGACUCCCCUCUGCUCCACCUCCUUGUCUGCAUCAUCUUGGUCCAGCUGCUCACCUCUUGCUCAGCUCAGUUUGCUGUGAUUGGACCCCCCGGGCCCAUCCUGGCCAUGGUGGGUGAAGAUGCUGAGCUGCCCUGUCACCUGUCCCCGAAGAUGAGCGCAGAGAACAUGGAACUGAAGUGGGUGAGAUCCAGCUUCAGGCAAGUAGUUUUCAUGUAUGCACAUGGCAAGGAAGUAGAAGACAGACAGACAGCAGAGUAUCGAGGGAGAACUGAGUUUUUAAGAGAUGGCAUCACUGCAGGGAAGGCUGCUCUCCGAAUUCACAGCGUCAGAGCCUCUGACAGUGGAAACUACCUGUGUUAUUUCCAGGAUGGCAACUUCUACGAAAAAGCCUUGGUGGAGCUGAAAGUUGCAGUGACAAAGGGCCCUUUGAUGCUGACGUUCCAUGAAAUGGCUUGUGUUCCCCAGGAGAACACCAAGACCAGGCCCAUGUCCAAUGUCAAAGCGCUGGGUUCGGAUCUUCACAUUGAAAUGAAGGGCCAUGAGGAUGGAGGGAUUCACCUGGGGUGCACAUCCACCGGCUGGUAUCCCCAGCCCCAAAUACAGUGGAGAGAUGCCAAGGGCCAGAACAUGCCAGCUGUGGCAGCACCUCCAGCUACAGAUGGAGCGGGCCUGUAUGCAGUCACGUCAUCUCUAAUGGUGAAAAGCAGCUCUGGAGAAGGGGUGUCCUGUAUCAUCAGAAAUCCCCUCCUCAACCAGGAAAAGACAGCCCAGAUUUCCAUUGCAGAUCCCUUCUUCAGGAGGGCCCAGCGCUGGAUCGCUGCCUUCGCGGGGACGCUGCCUGUCUGUCUGCUGCUUCUCGCAGGGGCUGGUUACUUCCUGUGGCUACAGAGGAAAGAAAAGGAGGCUCUAUUCAUGCAGAAAGAGAGAGCAGAAGAGGAAAAAGAAACGGCACGGGCAGAGAAAGAGCAGGAACAAAGAAUAAAAGAGACACUCGAGUAUGAACUCAAGUGGAGAAAGAUCCAGUACAUGGCUCGUGGGGAGAAGUCUCAGGCCUAUCCUGAGUGGAAGAAGGCCCUCUUCCAAGCUGCGGAUGUGAUAUUGGAUCCGAACACAGCAAACCCCAUCCUGCUUGUUUCUGAUGACCAGAGGAGCUUGCAGCGAGCAGGCGAACGACAGAAUCUGCCAGACAACCCCGAGAGAUUUGAUUGGCAUUACUGUGUGCUUGGCUGCAAGAGCUUCACGUCAGGGAGACAUUACUGGGAGGUAGAGGUUGGGGACAGGAAAGAGUGGCACGUCGGGGUGUGCAGGGAGAACGUGGAGAGAAAAUGUUGGAUUAAAAUGACACCUGAGAAUGGCUUCUGGACUAUGGGGCUGUCUGAUGGGAAUGACUAUCGGGCUCUCACUGACCCCCGGACCAAACUGACAAUUGCCAACCCUCCUCAAAAAGUGGGGAUUUUCCUGGACUACGAGACUGGUGAGGUCUCCUUCUACAACGCCGCGGAUGGAUCUCAUGUCUACACCUUCCCGCACACCUCCUUCUCUGGGCCUCUGUGGCCUGUUUUCAGGAUUUUGACCUUGGAGCCCACUGCCUUGACCAUUUGCCCAGCAUUGACAGGAGUGGAGAAUUCCGGUGUUCCUGACCUAGAGCCUGACCUUUCUCUGGAGACCCCAGUGGCCCUGGGCUCAGCUGAUGAGCAUGGGGAGCCUCAGGCUGAAGUAAAGUCCUUGCUUCUCCCUGCCCGGCCUGAAGCUGAGGGCCUCUUCCCUAACAGCAACAAAUCACAACCAUAAAAUACUGACGACACACACUGUGUGAAGCACUUCACUAAUAUUAAUACAAUUAUUUAUUCCAUAUGGACAGUUGAGUUUGACACCGUUUUAUUGUCUCCUUUAUAUAGAGAAAGAAACCAGGGUGCAGAAAAGUGAAUUCACUUCCCAAAGGUCACUCAGCUAGUAAAUGACAGCUGGGAUUUGAAUAUAAAACAUUUACGGAUGAUGUAAGUGUACUGGGGGUUGUGUCAAAGCUUUAAAUAAAUGUACUCCUUUAACCCUUACAGCAACCCUGUGAUAUAGCCUCAUUGCGCGAGUGUGGAAACUGAGGUAGGGCCGAGUUAAGCGACUUAUAUAAUUCAUCAGUUUGUGCUGAUGGGGGAUGUUUGGCCCCUGUCCCCCACCUCCACCCACCCUCUACCCCCUAGCCUGUUUUCCAGCCCGAUUGCCCCUGUGGGGAAGGGACCAUGUGCAGCCCUGAGUGUCCCUUCCCAGGGCACCCCAGGGUAAGGAUCACUGUAGGUGUCUAUGGAGGCCACACCCCACUGGGUUCCUUCAAGGUCAACAGUCAGAGCCACAGGUCCAGCGCUUCGCUGGAUUGGCUCUGCCGGGUGAGUUGGUCCAGAGAAUGAAUUCACAGUGACUACAUCACACAGGACUGCAAAGGGACUAAAGGCCAAAAUCUUAACUACUAAAGGGCAUGAGAACCACCACCGCCCCACCCCCCUCCACCCCCCAGCCAAUGUGAUAGGUAAUCGUGGAGCCAGAACCAGUCCUCCUACGUUUCACGUCUCUAGAAAGCCUAACUUAAUACCUAAAGACUGCCUGUGGAACAAGAAUUUGGGAGGAAUGAAGCUAGAUGAACUUUAGCAGUAUUUUGAUCGCGCUGUAGAGUCCAUCUCCAGGAAAGGGAUAUUUCCACGCCUGAUCAGUUACUGAUGUUAAUGGAUGUUCCUUGCAGCUAUGGGUACCGGGCAGAAGUUACUCUUCAUUAUCAUCACUAUUUUGUUCACCAGUGUAUCCCCUCUACCGGGCGUG